GAGCUACGAUUGCAGUGUAUCCUCCACAUCAAAACCCCUUUUUAAGAGGCAUCAAAACCCCUCUUUAAGAGUCGGACUUCUCAAAGUGUCACUCUUGCGGAGGGAAGAGUGUUUUGGAUCUAAAGAGCAAGGCAGCACUGUGUGCUGGUGCUCAAUGCCAGGCGUGACUAUACUUGCAACUUUUGAUCCUGCAGUGGAAUGAGAUCCGCCUGUGUUUUUCUGCCUGUGAGCCUGCCAAGACUUGCACGCUUGCCUGAUGCUGGGAGAGGAGGUCUGCCUGCCACUUCCUGAAGCAGGCAGAGGGACAGAGUAAUUGUGGAUCGUAGUGGAGCUGACAGGAUUGUGGGGGUGUAAGUGCAAACAGGAGAGGCUUCUGAAAGGUCGGUCUCUGUGCCCCUCUCUCCCUCCUGUGUGUCCCCCUGUCAUGUCUGAUAACGGAGAGCUGGAGGACAAACCACCCGCACCCCCUGUCAGAAUGAGCAGCACCAUCUUCAGUACCGGUGGCAAGGACACUCUGUCUGCCAACCACAGCUCCAAACCCCUGCCCUCAGUGCCCGAGGAAAGGAAACCUCGCAACAAGAUCAUCUCCAUCUUCUCUGCAGAUAAAGGCGGUAGGAAGAAGGACAAGGACAAGGAGCGCCCUGAGAUUUCACCCCCCUCAGACUUCGAACACACUAUCCAUGUGGGCUUUGAUGCAGUCACAGGGGAGUUCACUGGCAUGCCAGAGCAGUGGGCAAGGCUUCUGCAGACUUCAAACAUCACCAAGUCCGAGCAGAAGAAGAACCCGCAGGCCGUCCUGGAUGUGCUCAAGUUCUACGACUCCACUGGCAACACCCGGCAAAAAUACCUCAGCUUCUCGUCUUCAGAAAAAGAUAGCUUUCCAUCAGGAACACAGACACCUGCCAAGAAGGGCAUGGAGCCCUCGCCAGCUACCACACUUAAGGAGAUUGAUGAUGAUGAGGAUGAGGAGACCCCUCCCCCUAUUGUGGCUCCACGACCUGAGCACACCAAGUCUGUCUACACCCGCUCGGUCAUUGACCCCAUCCCCCCGCCACCUGUCAACCCAGAUGGGGAUUCGGCCUCCAAGGCUGCAGACAGACAGAAGAAGAAAGCAAAAAUGACUGAUGAGGAGAUCAUGGAGAAACUGAGAACCAUAGUCAGUAUUGGAGAUCCUAAAAAGAAGUAUACUCGAUAUGAGAAGAUUGGACAGGGUGCUUCAGGUACAGUUUUUACAGCGAUUGAUGUCGCCACGGGACAAGAGGUGGCUAUUAAGCAGAUCAACCUUCAGAAACAGCCCAAAAAGGAACUGAUAAUCAAUGAGAUCCUGGUGAUGAAAGAGUUGAAGAAUCCAAACAUUGUCAACUUCCUAGACAGUUUCCUGGUGGGAGAUGAGCUCUUUGUGGUGAUGGAGUACCUGGCAGGUGGCUCUCUGACAGACGUGGUGACGGAGACGUGUAUGGAUGAGGCCCAGAUUGCUGCUGUAUGCAGAGAGUGUUUGCAAGCACUGGAGUUCCUGCAUGCAAACCAGGUCAUUCACAGAGACAUCAAGAGUGACAACGUACUGCUGGGGAUGGAUGGCUCUGUCAAACUCACUGAUUUUGGGUUCUGUGCCCAGAUCACUCCAGAGCAGAGCAAGCGCAGCACCAUGGUAGGCACCCCAUACUGGAUGGCCCCUGAGGUCGUCACGAGGAAAGCCUAUGGCCCCAAAGUGGACAUCUGGUCUCUCGGCAUCAUGGCUAUAGAGAUGGUAGAAGGUGAACCUCCCUACCUGAACGAAAACCCACUGAGGGCACUGUACCUAAUUGCCACUAAUGGAACCCCAGAGUUACAGAACCCAGAGAAGCUGUCGCCCAUCUUCCGGGACUUCCUGAACCGCUGUCUGGAAAUGGAUGUGGAGAAGAGAGGAGGUGGCAAGGAGCUGCUGCAGCACCCGUUCCUGAAGCUGGCCAAGCCUCUCUCCAGCCUGACGCCUCUCAUCUUGGCAGCCAAGGAGGCCAUGAAGAGCAACCGCUAGCCUGUCUGCACUGCUGACAUGUGCCAACUCCCCCACAUCCCAGAGGAUACCCAGCCCUUCAUCUUUGUGCUAUUCACUGCGGAUUCUCCCCACGCAAAGAGAAAACCACACAGCCUGAUAGACACCAGGUCUGCACUGCUGGCCUUAAUGAACUUUUCUUUUACUCUCCAGCUGUUAGUCUGGCCUAAUGAACCUCCUGUGAGCUCACUGUCUGAGGGCCGGAUUCUGUACUCAUAACUGGCAGGGAGAAUUGUGACAAGGAAUGAGAAUAUAUUUUAUUUUUGCCUGUGAUGCUUUCACUUGAUCAGAAAUCUCCCAAUUCAGUGUUGAUUGUGAAUUUUUAUACAUUUAUAUUUUUUUUUCUUCCCUCUUUAAAUAAAUUCACUUAAACUCAUUCCUCUCUCUGUCCCUCCCCAGUUCCACUUAGGUAUCUAAAUACUUGAAUCUCAAAUCUCAGAAAUCCUUCACGGAUUAACUCUUCAGUCCAUCACUUGUCAGUGUUUCUUUUAUUUCUUCCUGUUUUGUUUUUAACAAAAAAACUGUUUACUGUACAAGAGUAGUUCUUUCUCUAAUUCACUGGGACUUAGGAGGCUAAACCUUCAGAUUUUUUUAAUUUGUUUUAAAAUUUUUGUAUAUUAUGUACUUAAAAGUGGAAACCACAGACUAGAAAUCAGGACAUUUUGACUAGCUGUUUUAUAUAUAUGUAUAUGUAUACUGUUUAUUUUGUUUUUAAACUAACAAUCUGACAUGACGGUUUAGCAGAAAUUUUAAGUAUUUGCAGUUUUCUCUUUAGGUAGUUUUGAUGUGACAAAUGGUCAUCACUGUAUUUCCAUUUACAUGGAAUCUAACUUUUCAUUUUUGAAAGUAAAAGCCUCAUAUUGGCAAGAUCAAAGAAAAAAAAGCUUUGGAUUCAAAGUUUUCUUCCCCUCUCUUUCAGUAAUUUAAGAUUUAAAUGUUCAUAUUAUUUUUUAUUUUGGAGACUGGAAACUAAGCAAGUGGAUUUGCUGAAGCCUAUUCCAAAAAUGUAUUUUCUAUUUUAUUUAACUUUGGAUUUUUUCAGUAAUGGUUCAGUUCCAUAAAAACAUUUUUGGAGACCGUCA